CCCAUUUCAGAAGAGCAUCCCACAAGAAGCAACAAGCAGCAAGAGCACCUGAGUUUGGAAGCAAGAGAUCAACAAGAACAUAAGGAUGGGUUCAGUUGGAGUUCAGAUAGUGUGCGUGGCUCUCGGGGUCCUGGGACUCAUCGGGGUCAUCGUGUGCUGCGCCAUCCCACGCUGGACCAUGUCUUCUUUUGUGGGCUCCAACAUCGUCACGGCACAGAGCACAUACAAAGGCCUCUGGAUGGAGUGCGUGGUCCAGAGCACAGGGCAGCAGCAGUGCAAAAACUACGACUCCCUCCUCGUGCUGCCCUCUGACCUCCAAGCCGCCCGAGCCAUGACCAUCAUCAGCGCCAUGGUCAGCUCCCUCUCCCUCCUCAUCCUCUUCUGCGGCGCCGACUUCACCACCUGCGUCGAAAAUGAAGACGUCAAACCCAAAAUAAGCCUCAUAGCCGGGAUCGGUCUGAUAAUCGCCGGGAUACUGGUGAUCAUCCCCGCUAGCUGGUCGGCCAAUACGGUCGUGAGGGAGUUCAACAAUCCCAUGAUCACCGGAUCGCAGAAGAUGGAGUUAGGGCCGUGUAUUUUCAUUGGUUGGGGAGCGGGGGUUUUGCUGUUGAUCGCCGGGGGGCUGUUGUGUUGUUUUAGCAGACCGAAGAGCAGCUCCGGUGGUACGGCUAAGUACUACAGCAACUCGUCUCCAUCUGCCCCCAAAAACUACGUGUAAGGAGAAAAUACGUGCAAAAAAGUUACGUUAGAAAGUUAAAUUUGAUAGAAAAACUCAGCGUCUUCAUUUGGGCUGUUCCAGUAUGAUAUUAAAUGCAUUUGCUAUUAAUAAUUGUUUUAUUUACCGUAUUUUCCGGAGUAUAAGUCAUAUAAGUUUUUCAUAGUUUGGCCGGGGGGUGCGACUUAUACUCAGAUGUAAUUUAUAUGUGAAAUGUAUGUUUUUUUCUUCACUAUUAUGCAUUUUUUGACUGGUGCGACUUAUACUCAGGUGCUACUUAUACUCCGGAAGAUACGUUAAUCUUUUUUAAUCUGUUUUUUUUUAUGUUGGUGUAAAACAGUUUUUUGGAUUAUAAAAGAAUACUUAAAAUGUUUACGUUCGACUAACUUAAAAUAUAUAGAUGGAAUAAAACACAACAUGAGGAAUUUAUUUAAAGUCAGUAUUUCAUUUGUGUGUUGUCAUGUUUCAACACUUAAAACACUGAUUCAUUAUAAUUAAUAGACAAUUAACAGGUAGUUACACUGGAAUAGUAGACUUUGUAUAUAAUGGUAUUUAGACUGUAUAUAUAAACUGACAUAGCUAACCUGCUAGCCGCCACGUUCCGAAUAGAAAGAGAGCAUGGAUGCACUUCCUGUUCUGUACACUCUGGCUCCAAUUCACUUUAUAUUGAAAAAUUUUGGCCCCUCUCUCCAUAACUUCUGCUGUUAGACUCGUCAUUUUUGUCUUAAAAUGUUCAUAUUAACCCGCCCUACGUGAUUCUAGUACUGUAACCCGGCCUCCUGUAACCGCUAGCAUCGACGAGCGUCAUUUGACAGGAGCUGAACGCUAUCGCUGACGUCAAACUAGUCACAUUAGUCACAUUAGUCCACUUCUUUAAACAGUCAGUGGGUAUAACUGGUAUUUCACAAUGGCGUUAUGUGGUGUUAGACUGUCUGGACCACAAAUAAUUUGGGUUUUGCCAGAUAUUAAGUAAUGAUCAUAGACUGUGUGUUUAAGUACGGGGCGUUUUUGGAUGGUAUUGCGGCAUGUAACUUCACAAAUCCAAAAUGGCCGCUCCAGUAGAGUUUGGCUCAAGGAUCAAAAUGUGUCAUCUAUAAUAUACAGUCUGUGUGAACAACCACUGCAACUUUUUCAUUUUUCUAUUGUAAAUAUUCAAUUUUCUUAACACAUUUAUUGUUUUUUUAUGUUUCUUUUUGCUUUUGUUAACUGUUUAGCAUCACUGGAAAUUACAUAAGCUACAUUAUCAAAAUAUAAAUGUGUAAAACCAAUUGUGAUUUCAAUGAUUAGUUUAUGAAUUAGGCGUUUUUGUACAAAUUAAAUGUUGCACUAGCUCUUUUUUCUUACUAAAACUCGUAAUCCUAAAACGUAAAUUUGAACGAGGCAACAUGUAUUAUAGUUUUAUAGUUUAGAGUUUAGUCUAGUGUGAUUUUAGUAUUAGAAGUAGUUUAGAGAUGUUUUUUGUGUUUUUUUCAUUGUUUUUUGUCAACCAAAGGGAGCGCACUUGGCCUCAGGGAGCAUUGAAAACACUCACCCUUAUUUUGACAUUUAUCAAGUAACUGUUUUGUACUAAGACAUGGAUAAAUAAAUAAAUUGCGUAACCUAAAA